CCAAAUCUCCUUUGAACCACACAAAAAACACAAACAUAAUGCAAAACCAAAACCCUAUAGUCAUUAUUGUAGGAGCUGGUCCCUCCGGCCUGGCCACCGCCGCCUGCCUCCGCCGCCACUCAAUCCCCUACAUCCUCCUUGAAAGAGAAGAUUGCUAUGCCUCUCUUUGGAAAAAAUACUCCUACAACUGUCUAAAACUCCACUUGGGUAAGCAAUUUUGUGAACUCCCCUUCAUGCCAUUCCCUCCCUCUUAUCCCACUUUUGUCCCAAAAGAUGAUUUCAUCAAAUACUUGGAUGACUAUGUUUCUCACUUUGGGAUUAGUCCUUUGUACCAAAGAUUUGUGGAGUCGGCAUGUUAUGAUGAAGUGGGUAAGAAAUGGAUUGUUAAGGCAAAUAAUGGGAGUUCUUGUGAAAUUGAGGAGUAUUCUGCUAAGUAUUUGGUUGUGGCUAGUGGUGAAGCUACCAACCCUUUUGUGCCAGAAAUUGAAGGCUUGAGUGGGUUCAAUGGUGAGGUUCUUCACUCUACUAAGUUUAAGGAUGGGAAAGCUUAUAAGGACAAGAAUGUUUUGGUUGUUGGUAGUGGAAAUUCUGGCAUGGAAAUUGGUCUUCAUCUUGCAAAUCAUGGUGCCAAGACCUCCAUUGUUGUUCGCAGCCCGGUUCACAUAUUGUCAAGGGAGAUGGUUUACUUGGCGUUAAUCAUGCUGAAGUAUGUUUCACUUGGGGUGGUGGACAAGUUGAUGGUGAUUCUCAGCAAGCUUGUCUAUGGUGACAUGGACCAGUAUGGGAUAACUAGGCCCACAGAGGGCCCAUUCUUCAUGAAAGUCGCAUAUGGGAAGUACCCAGUCUUUGAUGUGGGUACCUGCAGAAAAAUCAAGUCUGGGGAAAUUCAGGUUUUGCCGACACCGACAAGCAUUAAUGGGAAUGAAGUGCUUUUUGGGAACGGCAAGUCGUAUGCAUUUGACACAAUUGUGUUUUGUACUGGAUUCAAGAGAUCAACCAAUAAGUGGCUUAAGGGAGAUGAUUACUUGCUGAAUGAAGAUGGGAUUCCAAAGCCAAGUUAUCCUAAUCACUGGAAGGGAAAGAAUGGCUUAUACUGUGUGGGACUUUCAAGGAGAGGAUUGUAUGGUCUUAAUGCUGAUGCACAAAACAUAGCAAACGAUAUUAACUCCCUUUUGCAAUAUGAAAACAAAGAGGUAUCAGUUUGAAGAUUUGAAAUAUAAACUACAAUUUUUAGUAGUUGUCUAGGCAGACUCUUGGCAGAGAGUACAGGGCAGCAGCCUUUGUGAUCUUGGGUUGAUGCAUAAAAGUGUUUUAAAUGAAUUCAUAUAGCUAUAUAUAUAUACAUACAUGUGUGUGUCAUGAACUGCA